GCCCACUUUUCGCGUGAACUUUGACCCCUAUAAAGACGCUGGGGAGAAAAACUGCGGUGUCGGGAGAGCUACGCCGUUUGUAGGGGAAAGGUUUUUAGACGUGAAAAUAUCAUGAGUUACUAUCACCAACCCCCGUUGCCUGGAUUCCUGCCUUCUCCCCUCCCACCUCUUCCACCUCCUAUUCCACCAGCAUCUUACUGCUAUCCCCAUCCUCUUCCACCUCACCCUCCUCUUCCGCCUCCCCCUGCCCUGCCUCCUAAUCCCCCUGCCCCCCAAUAUCAACCUCAACCUUCAAUGCCACUACCAAGAUCUGCACCACCCCUUCCUCCGCCACUUCCUCCCCCUCUCCCUCCUCCCCUCCCUCCCUCACAACCCCCCACUCCUCCCCCUCCCCCCUUACCCCCCUCUCAACCCCCUCCAGUGUUCACCCCACCCCCUCAGGGGCCAGAAUUUCAUCAAACAUUUCGCCCUCCUCAUCAACCCUCAUCGGCAAACCAGCCUGUGAUUCCACCCCUGUUCCCUCGUAAGGGGGCCACAAUUUCCCCAACCCCCAGACAUCUCUUUCCAAGCCACCCACCUCCUAGCGAGGGGUCGCAAAAUUUCCCCCUCAAUGACCCCCAGCAUACAAUCAACCCCCUUCCCGAGAGGCCACAAAAUAUUGCUUGUGAGGGGCCACACUAUUUUACCAUCAGUGAACCUCAGCAUAUUAUGAACCGCCAUCGUGAGGGACCACAGAAUAUUCCUCGUGAGGGGCCACCAGUCAGUGAACCCCACAACCCCCCUCAGCCACUACAUUUUCCCUUCAAUGAAUCCCAAACUUCAUUCAACCCCCCUCAUCAAAGAGAAAAUUUCAACGAACCCCACCCCCUCCGUGAGGGGUCACAGAGAGAAAAUUUCAAAGACCCCCAACCUGUUUUUCGUCCCCCUCGUGAGGGGCCGCAGAGGGAGAAUUUUCCCACUGAAGACCCCCAAUUUGAACGACGACAUGACCUCCAGGCAUCUACCAACCAAUCAAAUCGCUGGGAUGGUAGGGGGGACCGUUAUUUCUCCCCAAACCCCCCAGAAAACAGAUAUUCCUCACCGAGGGAACGUUGGCGAGGGUUUUCCCCUACACCCCAGCAGCAUCGUGACGAAUCGUCGUACAGAGAGGGGCCGCCCCCUGCAGGAAAUUUCAAACAAGAACAGUAUUUCCACGAAGUCGACCAAAGUGAUGAACAACUUUGCGAUGAGCCCAAAGAUGAUAGUCUUGAAACACACGACUGCCGUUUCCAGCCCCUCCAUGAACACAAUUUCAGACCCCGCUCUCCUGAAUUUCGACCACGUUCCCCUGAUUUUCUACAGGGUCCACCCGAUUUUCAACCACGUUCCCCUGAUUUUCGACCCCCUUUCCAACCUCAUCCUGAUUCCAACAGAAGGGCACCACGCGAUAUUGAAUCCGAGGAGAAUCAAUUUUAUCAACAAGAAGAUAAUUUUGACCACUCGAGAGAGCACGAUAAUCGAAGGGUUCCCCCCACGAGUUCUUUUAGUGAUGAUGGUCCCCUGACCCACACUUUUGAACGUGGUUCCCCCAGGUUUGAUGAAGGUCCCCUGACCCACACUUUUGAACGUGGUUCCCCCAGGUUUGAUGAAGGUCCCCCAAGUUUAGACUGCGAUAGACCCCCAAUGUUCAAUAGACACCCGGAUUUCACCAACGAGAGGAGACCACCUCAUUUUGACGAGGGACCUGCUUUUAACCGAACCCACCAAUUUGACCCCCACCACCCAGAAUUCAGACCCCCUACUGACCCCUAUUUCGAGGGAUCAAGAUUUCACAAAGGGGGCGAUCAUUUCAGGGGUACGCCCCCUCCUGUUUACCAUAACGAUGAGGUGGUGGACAAUUUCCGCUGCCCCCCACAGAACCCCCAAGCUCAGUGGACGAGGGACCCAAACGAAGGGGGCAUCAGGCAAUCUCCCCACAACCCCCGGGGGCCAGAAUUCCACCGGAUGAACCCCGAACCCCUCCGCAAAGUUCCAUUGUUGCCGACCCCCACCCCAAUCCCAUUGAUGGGUCCUGAUUUUCCAAAGCCAGAGCUGAAGAUUGUAACGGCCGACAAGAUUUUCGAUUCCCCUGGCCGAAGUGAAAGACCUAGCCAUAUUGUCGUAAUACUAAGAGGUCUGCCAGGCUCGGGAAAGAGUCACAUUGCCAAACUCAUCAGGGAGAAGGAGCUGUACUAUGGAGCCCCAGCGCCGAGACUGUUGUCGCUGGACUCGUAUUUCCUGACGGAGGUUGAGAAAACGGAGAGAGAUCCUGACACGAGGCGACGGGUGAAGAAGAGGGUUCAGGAGUACGAGUUUGAGCCCGAGAUGGAACAGACGUACAGAGCGAGUCUCCUAAAGACGUACAAUAAGACGUUGGACGAAGGGUUCUUCCCAAUGAUAGUGGUGGACGCACCCAACGACUGAGGGUCCACCAUUUCGAUCGCUACUGGAGCAACGGAAAGAUGAGAGGGUUCGAAGUGUACGUAGCGGAGUUGAUAGACUCUGUGGAGAUAUGUGCUGCCAGGAAUAUCCACCAGAGAACCAAUGAGGAAAUCCAGAAGCUUGCCAGAGAGUGGGAAGACACUCCUCCUCAUUUCACAAGACUCGAUGUUACUCCCCUUGUCUCCGACUCUAACAUCGAUGAGGUUGAAAAGGGAGUGUGCUGGUUGCGAAAAAGUGGAGGGAGAGGAAGAAGUGGAGGCAAACAUGAGUCAACAGGUUUGGCCUGUAGCAUUCAUGUACGCACAUAAUAUGUCCUGUUCAGGCAUGCUGAUAUAACUUGUCUACUAAACUAGGCGAAGCACACUGAAGAAUGCUGAUGCUUGGUGCAGCAUAAAUCGUAGGUUCCAGUAAAUGUAUCGGAACGUGGACGUGUUGCAUUAAAAAAGCUUUGCAAAAUGAUGACUGAAUGAUACCUGUACUUGAGGGUACUGGAGUGAGUUUACUUAGCAUGACUUUAAUCAUGAGCUUUGAAGAAAACGGCACUAGCAAGAUGCGGGCGUACAUUGGCAAAUAGUACGAACGACCGUUUGUGGGCUGAGUGUAUAAUUGAUCAGUAGUAUUUGUAUGUAAUGUGUACAAUACAA